GACUUGGAGAGAGGAUAAUCAGACCCAUUGACAACAUUUUGUCCUUUUUUCUGUUUUGUGCAUUAUAGAAGGGAAAUAAAGGGUUUGUUGUGGUUUUGUUGGAGAGGAGAAGCCCUGAGCCAGAAAGUAAGAAGAGUGGAGCAUCUUCUUCUACCAUGAGGAAGAGAAUACCAGUGUUCCAGUGCUUGUUAUUAGUUGGUUGCUAUCUGGUAAUGCAUACAAUGGAGACAUCAGUUCAGGAGAAGGCUGAUGCAACUAUUCCAGUCACUACCCUUUCCCCUCCAGAAGGUAACACAACCUUCAUUGAUGGCACAACAUGGUGUGUGGCCCUUGCUGGAGUCUCCCAAACUGAUCUACAAAAUGCACUAGACUGGGCCUGUGGUUUAGGAAUGGCUGAUUGCAGUGCAAUCCAGGAGGGUGGAGCGUGUUACGAACCAGACACUCUCGUAUCCCAUGCCUCUUAUGCUUUCAACAAUUACUACCAACAGAAUGGAAACUCGGAUAUUGCUUGCAAUUUCGGAGGAACUGCCUCUGUAACCAAAAAUAACCCCAGCUAUGCAAAGUGUGUGUAUGCUGCACCAGGAUCUGUGGGAUCUUCAGCACCUGGAUUAUCAAAGCCAAGCUUUUUAUGGUGGAAACUUGUGGGGUUUUUGUUACUUUUGUACAUGGGAAGCUGAUAUCCAGAGAUUGGCAAUUGCUGAUGAAGCUGAAUGGUAUUUACUUGUUUUUGUAGAACCGUCAGAUGUUGGUAAUGUAAAGUUAAGUUGGUUGGUUAUGGUUAUGAUUAGAUCUCAUCAGAGAACACGUUGGAUGAUCAAUGUUUUGUAAUGACAAUGUGGUGCAUGUUAGGAUUCCUGUCUUUGUCGCUGGGUUAGGAAUCAAAAGCAAUGUAAUCUCUGUUUCUGUGUUCUAUAUCUUGCACUUUUUGACCUUAACAUGAAACAAGGAAAUUAAACUUUGUGAAGUGAC